CUUAUCUACUUAGACAACUAACAUAUAAAGGCAAUUACGUCUCCCCGUUGCAAUACUAACUGGAACCGUGUCCCACGUGAACUGAAGAAAACAACAACAUGAAGUGCAUAAUCUUUACGCUCAUGAUGGGAACUGUGCUUUCACAGACGUACCAUCACCAUGACAUAGAAAUGUUUAUUGACAGAACUUUUAAAUACGUAGAUACCGAUCACGAUGGUGUGAUGGUUAUGGGGGAACUCGCUGCAGUAUUUGACUACUUAGAUGUUGAUCAUGACGGCAAACUUUCCUUUGCUGAAUAUACAAAAUACGACGGAGCAUCUGCUGAAAGCCAACUUACUCACGAUGUUUUCAACCACUUUGAUACUAACAAGGACGGUUUCUUGCAAAGAACUGAAUACGUUGAUACAUUGUUCAGCCAAAUGGACCACAAUGGUGACGGCCAGGUGACCAGACAUGAUUAUAACCAUUUCUUUACCAAUGUGGUUCAUCAUGAGAUGCAUCAAGGACACAACGGUCGAUAAUUUUGUUGUUGUCACAUUUUCCUUAUAAAAGAAAGAUUCCUAAAAAAAUAUUACUAAACAAGAA